UAUUUUUGUAAAAAUUCAAAUCCAUUUCCAGGAACAUGAAAAUUAUAUAGACCUCGUUAUAGACUUCCGCAAAAUCUAUUACAAAAAACAGCUGAUCAAAAAAUUUAGUGGUAGAAUUUACCGGCUGAGAAGAAGAAGAGCGUGCGCAGAUAAAAUGCACAGAUUGUGUCAAAAAUUAGUGCAUGUAUCACGCAUUUCCUCGGCAAGAUACCUAACCGAUUACGGAGGUAAAGAUUUUAACGAUGUGGUAAUUGUUUCUGCGGUACGUACGCCCAUUACCGGCUUUAAUGGUAAUUAUCACGCCUUACCAGUGGCCAAGUUGGGAGCUGUUGCUAUUGAUGCAGCGCUCAAACACGCGGCUGUACCGCCGGAAUCGGUGCAACAAGUUUAUUUUGGCAAUGUCUUAGCUGCAGGAGUUGGGCAGGCGCCGGCGCGUCAAGCUACCCUCUUAGCCGGUUUAUCCAAACGUGUUUGUUGCACAACAGUGAGCGCCUCCUGUGUAACUGGCAUGAAAACAAUUAUGUUUGCCGCCCAAGCUGUUAGAUUAAGACUAGCAGAUGCCGCCAUAGCAGGUGGCAUGGAGAGUUUAUCGAAUGUACCUUAUUACAUGCCAAGAACCCAUCUUCACCUUGGAGAUUUCACUAUGCAAGAUGGUUUAGUUUCAGACGGUGUACCGGAGGAGUUUAAGAAUAAAUUUCCCAAAACUCCUGGAGUCACGAAAGAAGAUUUCAUUAACUAUGCAAAAGAAUCAUACAUGCGUAUGCGUAAAGCGUCUAGAGCUGGAUUAUUCGAUUUAGAAUUGGUGCCACUACGAAUAAUGCAGCACUCCAGGAUACCGCUCAUGGUGACUGAAGAUGAAGAGCGACCCCUGCUAAGUAUUAUGGAUGAGUUGACAAACUAUAAUGAAAAAAUGUCACCAAUGAUGGGUGAUGGUGCAUCCGCAUUGGUGUUAACUACAAACGAACGGGCUAUGGAAUGGAAUAUUAAGCCGUUAGCUCGAAUAAUUGCAUAUAACGAGUCAAAAACGGAUGAUUGCGAUGUUUCAACGGCGCCCACGCUGGCUAUAAAGCGUUUAUUACAUCAUACUAAUUAUACAGUAAAUGAUGUUUCGCUGUGGGAGUUGGACGACUCAAUUUCAGCAGUGCCGCUGACCGUAAUUAAAGAAUUAGAGUUAAAUCCCGAAAAAGUAAAUGCGCAUGGUGGAGCUGUGUCUUUGGGUAAUCCUAUAGCAAUGUCAGGCGCACGUUUAGUAACACAUCUGGCACAUGCAUUAGAUCCCGGACAAAUAGGCUGUGCAGCGAUAACAAAUGAAACUGGAAAUGCAUCUGCGCUAUUAAUCGAAAAAAUUUCGUAUAAUGAAGAAGAAAAUAAGAUUCCUCAUUUAACAUUGUAUACCAAGGAUAACUGUGCAUUGUGUGAUGAACUAAUAAAUGAAAUGGAAAUAUAUUUUGACGGCCAAUAUACGAUAGAGAAAGUAGACAUCACAAAAAAGGAAAAUGUACGAUUUUUACGACUAUAUCGUAAUGAUAUUCCCGUGCUUUUCUUCAAUGGGCAGUUCCUCUGUAUGCAUAAAUUAAAUGUGAAUCUUUUAGGCAGAAAAAUGGAAAAGUUGCGAAUGAAAAAUACGGACGGAACAAAUAUUCAAUAAUAUAAAAAUUUUUAGCUAUAUUUUUAUAAGUUGCUCAAAUUAAAUUUCCCGUACUAAAUAAAACUCGGAAAA